GAGGCUUCGUUAGUUCUCGCUCAUCGUUCAACGCAGUCGGUCGAACGGGGUCCAGUACCUUCGCGGGUUCACAGUCAAGCUUCCGGUGCCUAUCGCAUGUUUCGCGCGGGAUCAAAACAAACUUCCAAUAAUAAUAAAAAAAAAGAUUGCGCGAAAAGCAUUCGGCCGGCGCUUCGCUUUUCUCUCCCAAUCUCACGCGAUAUCCAACGCUAGGCGUGAUUUGCGCGUCCGUACGCGCGUGGAAAUAGCAAAAUAGAAAUUUGUGCAAAAUUUCCAGGUUUACAGUGGUGGGCAUCCGUUGUUGUUGUUGUUGUUGGCGGUUGAGCUACAAGUGUGAGGUGUAAAAGUUGCAAGUCCCAUUUUGUGGGUUUGGAGUGCAACAGAAAAAUAACAACGAAAUUGGAGUUAUUUCGGAGGCAGCCUAGGAAAAUACAGCAGCUACAAAUAUCGUUCGGUGAAACUAAAUACAAAAAGUUUCGGUGAGACAUACCGUGGAUCCAACAGCCAGCCGCCACCACCACCACGUUUCGAUGAAACGGAGACUCGUCUUGAAAGCAAUCAGAUAACGGUUAGCGUGAUAACAGGUGAAGAGUGAGACCAGAGAGAGAGAGAGAAAAAAGACACAGGUGAAUAGAUAAGCAUGCCGAGUAAGCUAUUAAGUGCCUGCAAAGAUGAACUCGGUCUUCGAAAUUGUGGCAUGGGACACAUGCCAGCGGAGGAAUUUGUCAAGUCACAGUGGCAAUCGAGGACGAAAUCAACGGUGUUUUUGCUCUACAGACUGUCCCUCGCCAUCUUCUUCACGGCGGUUGUUGUAAACUCGCUUGUAGAGGGUGUCGGACCGGAUGAUUGGGGCAAAUAUUUUAUCUACCUAACACAUUGGGGUAUCCUUAUGUGUAUGGCGACAACCGUGAUGGGAGCAGCCCUGGUUGCUCGCUGGUAUUUUCAUCCUGAAUAUUCGGACAAAAUUUGUGACUGCGAGGAAAUGCCGGCUACCUUCAAAAUCUACUGGAUGAUGCACAAUAUCACCCUGAUCGUAUCGAUUUGCAUCACGAUCAUCUACUGGAGUAUAUUGCACAAUGAAGAAAUGCCCGUAGAUGCCAACAACAUUCUAAUCCACGCCACAAACUGCGUCUUCAUGUUCAUCGAUUUGAUCAUCGUGGCGUAUCCAGUGCGAAUCUGGCACAUGGUACAGCCGAUCUGUUUCGGACUGAUCUACUGCUUAUUCUCGGUGGUCUAUUUCUUGUUUGGUGGCACUGACAAGAAAGGUCGCCCUUUCAUUUACAACGUGCUCGAUUGGCAAACGCCCGGCCGAUCAAUGGUGACCGUCGUAGGAACAAUCACCCUCGCCAUCAUAGUCCACGUGUUGAUGUUCUUCGUGUACAAACUGCGCAACUCAAUAUAUUUGCGCUUCUUUAAUCUUAAACCAAUACUGCCCACAAACUCCACCAUUAAUCUGCAGCAGGGCAAAGCUUGCAACGGUAUUUCGAUGGUAUAUGGGAACGAGAACCACGGUUUCUCCAUCGGCGAGAAGUAUUAGCUGUUAUGAAUGAGGAGGCCGGUCACAUGCUGUCGCGUAGCAGUCGUUAAGUAAAAUUAGAAAUGAGCUUUAGGACAUUCGUCUCGUUAAGCGACAAAAUUUUGUAUGCUUGAGAAAAUAUAUGAUGUUAGUAUGUAAUUAACAUGUAGAAAAAACUGUGGGUAAUAGUGUAAGCUGAACUGUGAUUUUACCUUGAGCAUGAAAGGAGUGAACAAUAUGAACACUUUUAUAGAGACAAUUGAGUAUUUUGAAAAAUAAAUAUAAUUAAAAUAUGUAUGUAAUACAUGGAAAUAAGUCUAACAUACAAGUAAA